AUGAGUAUUGAUAUCAUCAUUCUUGAUGAAUUUUUAAAUAAUAUACGACAAGAAUUACAGAAAAAUCAAACACUUUCUCAUCUAACAAUUGAAAAACUACUUUCAAUUCGAAUUCCAAAGAAUCAUACAGAAAAUAGCUUCAAUAUAGACGUCGAACAAAAUUUGCUUGAUAUCUUUGUUGAGAUAUUAAUAAAAAAUCCUGGUUAUUGUUUAAAUCAAUCAAUUGUUGAUAGGCUAGAAAUAGCUCUUUUAUCCAAAAAGAUCAAUAAAAAUAUUCUAGAUGCAUAUAAGGAAGUUAUCAAACGUACACAAUGUCAAACAAAUAAUUUUUCUCGUGUAUUAGACGUUUUCAUAGAUAUUUUAGAUGAGAACGGUAGUUAUUUUAAAUAUCAUUUCGACAUACUUGUAUGUCUUGCUUUGGCAUCUGAAGCUACAACAAUUUCAACAUUAGAACCUUUCGAAAUUAAUCUUUUCAGUGAUGAAGAUAUAAUUCGUAGCUGGUCAUUUCGAGGAUUAAGAGCAGCUUAUGAAAGAAAAUAUCAAUCUUUAGAAUUUCAAGAAUGGUGUGAUAAUAUUAUUGAUAAACUAGUAGAAAAUACUAAAUCCGAAGUUCACUUUAAUUUAGACUUAUUCGAAACUAUCACUUCAGUGAAAUAUAUCGACUUUGAGAAAAUUCGUGAUAAGCCACAAGAUCAGUGGAAUAGAGAACUGUUAAUAUUCGAUUUAAUAGAAAGAUUCAAAAUAAGUGAAGGAGAACGUUUUCAUUUUUAUAAAACUUGGCUUGAAAUUGAAGAACUUGAAGAAUUUCAGAAUGACAAAAGCAAGAAAAUAGUUAAAACUGAUCGUUUGAAAUUAGCUCUUAAUAUUGAUAAUUUAUUAGGUAAAAAUUGGAAUUUUGAACAAUUAAAUGAAAUUUUUAAAAUAUUGUCGCAAUAUAAAAUUUCUCCUACGCCAGAAAAUCAAGAAAAAGUUUUAUUAGCUCUAAACAAACCACCUGAGAAAUGGUUGCGAGAAGUCAAUAGACUUACAGUUGAAAGUAAUUUUUCCAAAAUACGUGAAAUAAGAAGUGCAGCAGGAUUAAUAGAAGAAUUAGGAAAUAUCAAUUCUAAUGAUGAAGAUUUGAAAAAUUUCAUGAGGAUACAUUUGCUGGAGAUCAUAGAAAAAAUCAAAAGUUCUGAUUUAAUUUCUCGAGUAUUAGACAAUACUAUCAAAGAUCAGUCAAUUUACAUCACUCAAUGGACAGAAGAACAAAUACGACAGUGGGCACAUAUAGUAAAAGAGAAUGUCGAUUACUGGACUAAGGUAAAUGAUUUUACUAUUGAAGCUCUAGCAGUUAUGAAGCAAGCGAAUUUCUUACAUACUAAAUUUCAUCUAACCGAUGCUCAAAUUUUAAGUUGUUUAAUUGCUUUAAAUGCAAAUGUUGAUAAAGGAAGAUUACUACAAAUAGGAACUGGUGAAGGUAAAUCAACGAUUAUAAGUGUAUUAGCAGUAAUUCAUGCUUUAAAAGGCAAGAAAGUAGAUAUCAUUACGAGUUCACCAGUACUUGCAGAAAGAGAUGCGAAAGAAAAAGAAAAAUUCUAUAAUAUGUUUAACCUUCAAUGUAGUGAUAACAACGAUAAGUCACUUUAUUUGGCAGGUCCUAAAAAAUGUUAUAGAAAGGAGAUCGUUUAUGGUGAAGCAACACAAUUUCAAUUUGAUACUUUGAGAACAGAAUAUGC